GACGUGGCUGCAGGCCGUUGUUGUGGGCAUCCAGAUAACCAACAACACCGAAGAUGUGACCUCGAGUACCCGGGUAAGCACAGGUUCCCAUAGCCCUCUCCACGCAGCUUCCCAGUCAUCCUGCGGCUGGUGGUCUAUACAGAAGUGCCAGGGCGUGGGGACUUACUGUUUCAGUGGCUGGGCCAUGGUAAACCCUGUGCCCCAGAUCCGCCCCGGCUCCUCGGAGAGCUUCCUGUUUGUGAAAACAAAAUUCACAGCCCGCGGGAGCGUCGGAGUGCUGAGCUACGAGUCUGACGCCUUCACCCUAGCCAUCAUGUUCUCCAACCCCUUCGACCGCUUGCUCUAUGACAUCGAAUUUGCCCUCGAGCUCUUCACUGGCAGGAAGCACUUCCACAGCAUGGAUCGCCUCUACCACUACAUGUACAGCCAUGACCCUCCCUAUAAGUGCGAGUCCUUCCAGAAAAUAAGGCUCACUGAUGCCAUGGAUGGCAAGCUGACAGUGACCAACCAGGAGAUCCAGGUGACGGCCACCAUGUCCAACCAGAAGAAGUCCAUCAUUAAAGUGCAGAUCGAGCAAGGAGACUGCAGCCCAUCCUAUGCUGCCCAUGCAGCCAACCUGGAGAACACAAAGAAAUGACCUAGUGGGACAGACAAGGGGGCUGUGGGUGACUCUCCUUCCCAGCCCAAGUGCACAGACACAUGCUAGCUCUGCUUGAAUUAUCCACUGUGUGGCACAGAGGUCUGUGCUGCAGGAGAAGCCAGCCACUACUGGGUAUGUAGCCUGAGCCACUGCCCAGGACUCAGGGACUGCACUGCUGUAUUUAUCAUGCUAACGCAUGCCUGUCUGCCCAGGCUGGGAGGCAUCCUAACAGCUGCCUGGGGAUGUACUCGCAGGAAAGCUGAGGUGAGCUUGGCUUUGUGGCUGUGGUCCUGUCUGUGGGGUGAGGCGGCCCCAAACAGAGAUCCCCAGUCACCAGUUCUGGCUGUCUUUUCCCAGCCAGAUCACUAAAUUGUGAGGCCCAAAGGCCUAUUGUAACCAUCCAAUCUGACCUGGGAACAGCACCGGGUGACCCCUGCCCCCGACCCGACAGUUGGGGACUGAAGACGAGAGACAGCCAACCUCUGUGUAAAGCCGGUCGCCCUUCAUUUGGUUGUGGCCCAGAAUGCCCCUUGGCCUGUGAGCCGCUGGGGAGAGACAAGGCUUCCAGGAGACCCACAAAGAGAAACAUCUGCUGCCUCUUUAAAGUUGGGUUAAAAAUAAAGGGAAUGUUUUUCACUUCCUCCUGCAGGGCCAUUCCCCCAGGAGCCUGCCAAGGUUUUGUUGCUGUGUUAUAAAGGGUGGGUAGGGGGAGGUGUCCCUCCUUAUUUUUUAACCUUAGAAAUAACAGACGUCUCAAGCAGGGCCGCCGAGAGUGGGUUCGGGCCCUGGUG